AUGUCGGAAACUACCGGCCGAGGUAACUCAGAAAGCGUCCUUGACCCCAGCAACCCGUCUGUCAACAAACAAACCAUGCUAGACUGGCUUCGAAUCAAUCACCCAAAGACUCCCAUCAGUUCCAAAGCAAACAAGGCAGAAGUCGCCAAAAUUGUCAGAGACAAGCAACCUGAAAUUUUUGGGGAGGCAAAUCCGUCGGCUACAUCAUCCACACUUCUUGAUCACACUUAUCCUACUUUGGAGAACCUUCGAGUGUCCUCCCCUGUGGUGCCCAAGGCUUUGAAAACGAGUGAAAACUUGGUGAAGCGUUCCGCGUCUGCAGACUUGGACGUUCCUAAACGCAUUGCUAAUGAUGGUGAUAUCCCUGGGAAGCGAAUCAAGGUGGAGAAGAGAACCGAGGUGGACCAAGUUGGUCAUCGCUCAAAGAUGACAAAAAUGAAAAACAUCCUGCAUUUACAGAGGGCUAGCAGACCUAAGUCCAAUUCUACUAAGACGAGUCGACCUGCCGAGCCGAUCGCGUCUGCCAAGCCAAUCGUGUCUAACUGGAUUCAUCCUCUUCCCCAAGCUCCACCACCACUCUCGCCAAUCUCAAGUCUUAGCAAUGAGGAUGAAAAGGCGGAGCUUGAAGGGCUCAAGCAGUCUAUCUUUUCGCCUCUUAUUGAUCAAACUGUUGUGUCGAACAGCACUCUCUUGCCAAUGGUCCCUUCAGUUGCUCCAGAAAGAAAACCAAGAAAGCCUUUGGUGAAUCCUCAUGUGGCAAACGAUUCCAAUGAUUCUAAGCCACCAGUCACCACCCGAAAAAAUCGAAUCAACAAACCUAAGGAAGCUCAUACGCCUAGCGAAGUAGAUCUCAUACAGUUUUCUGACACUGAAGUCUUUGAGAUGGGGAAUCUUGUGAUUGGGAGAGACAUACCAGUCAUUCAAAUGCAGGGACGCCCUGAUUCCUCAAACGCCAAAACGGGAGUCGAUAUUUUUCAAGAGGAGCAGCGACGCGAACAAAAAGUAAAAACAUUAGAAGAGCGCUUGGCCCAUCUCGAAAGUACGAUUGAAAUUAUUGAAAAAAAGGCUAGUGCCAGUAUUUUUCAAGAAGUACAAAAACAAGAACUCAAUGGCGACAUGAUAAAAGAACAUUCAUCCCUCCUUGAACGAGCAAAGAACGAUAUAAUUGUACUUGAAGCUAAAGUUGACAUGUUGGAGACAAUCGCAUAUGAUCUACAGACCGAGUUAGAUAUAGCUUUCACCAAGAUCGGUGCGCAUCACAGAGUAUUCCGCAAAAUGUUAGGACCCCACAGCCACAUCAACCUUGAAGAGGAAUACGAUGCCGAUCCAGACGAAAAUGACAGUUCUCAAGACAAUCCUGACUCUUGCGACAAUGACAGUACUGUAUCUGAUUGA